CAAAUUUUCAGCAAUGUUCUCGAUAUUUAUGAGAAUUCCUGAUACUGCUCAGGUUGAUGCAGUAUUUUCUGGAGCAUAUGCAUCAAUUGAACAGGGAUUAUGCUACGAUGAGGUUAAUGAUUGGGAAAAUACUCUCGCAAUGUACGAAAAAGGAUUGAAUUUGAUCGUCGAAGGAGAGAAAAUGAAAAAUGCGAGGAAAAGUGAAAUGUGGAAAAUGUUACAAGAAUCAAAAUCAAGUGUCCAGCAUAGAAUCAACGUUCUGAAAAAGGAAGGACCAAAGCAACCAACUCCAAAGAAAAUCAAGGAAGCUGAAGAAAGUGUUGAAAACGAGAAAGAAGCAAUCAGAAUGCAGCUCGACUCCUUUGGAUCUCAGGAAGCUGACUUGAUUUAUUUUUUGCCGGAAGGUGUGCAACUCUUCACAAUUGAUGGGGAAAAAACAACUGCUCCAACUGCUCCAACAUCUCUUCAAAUUCUCCGUUUUCCUCAGCCAACUGAUGGUGGAGCUUCUUCAGAUACACUUGCAUUCAUGCAAGUUGGGCCUUGGGCAUAUCCAUUGAUGGGUGCAAAGACUCCAGUGCUUCGUAACGAAUUCGGAGCAUAUUUGGUUGCCAAUCCGACUCCAGAAAAUCCAAACAUGACUGUUGCAAUCCUACUAUCAUCAGACAUUGAGCGAAGAUUAAUUGAAGAACUUCACAUUGUUCUCCGUGAAUUCACGGAUUUCAAAGAACAAGCUGAACCAUCUACUGAACUGAGUAAAGAAGAGAAGAAUAGGAUUUCUACAACAAUUUCGAAUUUUCUGAUCAAAGGAGGUCAAAAAAUAGCUUGGGGAGUUGAAACAACAACCGUACGAGUGAUUUCAAGAGUUGAAGAUAAUGGAGAACAGUAUCGAACAACACUUAUCGCAACGGACAAACCAAUGCAAGUGUCUCCAGUUAUCAAAGGAAGUGUAGUUUAUAUGCAUAAAGGAACAAAGACAGUCGCUAAGUGCACAAGAUAUUUGUUGGACAAAAUCGGAGAUAUGGGCGUUUCGAUGGGAAAGAAAUUGGCAGAUAGUGCACAAAGACGAUUUGGAGAUGGAAAAAGUGGAGGACUCGUAUCCGGAACCAUUGAAAUUCUUGGAGGCGGAAUCACUGGUGUUGCCACAGUUUGGAUGAGUUUGGAAGAUGGUUCCCGUCAUCUAUGCCGAAGUAUUGCGAAUCAAACUGUACAGAACGUGAAACUCAAGUACGGAGACGAUGCAUCAGAUACCACUCAUCAUGCUCUUUUCGCUGCCGGACACGGAACACUUGCAGCUGCUCAACUAUGGGAUUUGGGACCAAGAAGUGUUGCUGGAAGGAUGGCAAGAAAAGCUGGAAUUCAAAUGGUAUCGGAUUUGCAUCACAGUAGAAAAGGAAGUCGUUUAGAUCAAGAAGUGCCAGCUUUGGAGCUCAAGAAGGCUGUCUAGAUUUUUUUUUUGAAAACAUUAUUUUAGAAACAAUUUGAAUACAAAUUUCCUCAUGUCUUCUUCAAUUCCAGUUAAUUUUUACGAAGUUUAAUUUUUCAUGCAUCGAACUUAAUUUUUUUGCAUUGUAUUAUUUAAUAAAUCUAUUUUCGC